CUACUCUGGAGCUGCUGCUCAAUGAAGAGGGAGUUCAACUCCAGAGACAAGCUGCGCAGCACUCCUCUCCAUGUGGCAGUGAGGACGGGACACAAUGAAUGUGCUGAGCACCUCAUCCACUGUGGAGCAGACGUCAACGCUAAAGACAGAGAUGGAGACACACCCAUGCACGAUGCUGUGAGGAUAAACCGAUUCAAAAUUAUCAGGCUGCUGAUGAUGUAUGGAGCCAGUCUUAAAACUAAGAACAGUGAAGGCAAGUCCCCUAGUGAGAAUCUUCUGGCUUGGCAGAGUGGCGCUAAAAACAUCCUGUGUAACGUCAACAAUGACAAAUCUGUCAAGUAGAGCAAUGACUGAGGUCUUGGGGAAAUCCACCCAAUGACUGAGGUCUUAGGGAAAUCCACCCAAUGACUGAGGUCUUGGGGAAAUCCACCCAAUGACUGAGGUCUUGGGGAAAUCCACCCAAUGACUGAGGUUUUGGGAUAAUCCACCCAAUGACUUAGGUCUUGGGGAAAUCCACCCAUUCAUUCAGAUGAUCAUUAAUAUGUGAUACUGAUUGAUUUGUUGAAUGCUGAUAUUGCUGGCCAAUAUUAGGGCUGUAGCUUCCAUCCAUUUUGAUGUUGUGUUUAAGUUGUCAAUUGAGAUUCUGGGGAGAUGUAUGUAAGCGUUGGUUAAUGAGCAAGACAAAUGCAACGGCAUGAUACAAAGUGACCUGUUUACAGUGCUACAGUAUAUUUAGUUUGAACAUUCAAACGAGUUUUAACCAAAACUAGUUUCUGGUUACAUUCACCUGUUUUAACACACAGACAGAAGUGAUAACAGUGAGCUGGUAAGGAAAGUUGUUGUUGGUUAAGAGGAUGUUUUGAACAGGAAAUCGUUUGAGUAAUAUUUGUGAUGUUUUUUAGAAGAGAUUCUGGAAUGCAAAGCGUCAAGAGACCUCACUGAGUUUUGUAUGUAUUGGAAAGUUCAUCAGUAUAUUUCGCUUGUUAUUUAUUGUUCAAGUCAAUAAACCAAUCUUAUGUUUUAAAAUACUU